UACCCAGCGCCAAGCCGAAAGAAAGUAAACGAUGUGGUAGCACUCCAAAGUGAUCGAUGUGGUAGUCCCAGAGUAGUAAUUGUACGGGAAAGGGCUCUAAGAGCGCAGGAGCGAAAAAUAAGAUAUAAAUUUGGUAGUACACCAAAGCAGGAAAGAGAUUGGGAAGGCAGAAAGGUUCAGGAGAAUACACGAAAAAAGGGUAUGAAAGCUAUAAAUUCCGAACCAAUUCGGCACUUCGUGCCUCAUCCUCGGCAAUCAAAAUGGUCAUGGACAGGAUUGCAAGAAUGGCACAACACCGGCAAUCAAAAAGUGAGUGAAUGGAUUGCGGUACAUCUUUAG